GUCCGAGGAGUUUUCGUGGCUAAUCAGCCAUAUACCUUGAUGGAUAGGAGAGACUUCCGCUAGAGUGGUUUAGUGGUAGUAAACAUGGAUUUGGCGAGGAUAUGAAGAUACAAAAUGACUAGCUGAUCGCACCUAAUUCUUCUUUCUCCCUCCCACGCCUUCCUGUCGGCACCUUUAACAAUUCCAUUGUUCCUUUCUCUAAUUUCUCUUCUUGUUAGCCACUUACAUCUUUGCUUUUUCUUCAACCUUCAAGUCAGACUUCCAAAAGGAACAGACUGGUCUCUUUGAGACUUCCCCAGGACAAAAUGUCCUCCUCCGAUUUUGACCCAAACAGGGUCAAUUUGAGCACCGCUGACCCACGCGAGAUCAUCUGUGCCAUGAACGCAGGAGAGAACGAAUAUGACGGACACAUCGGGGCUCGCAUCUCAGCGAUCUUCGUAAUCUUCUUCGUCUCUUCCUUUUUCACUUUCUUCCCCGUGGUAGCUUCGCGUGUGAAGUGGUUCAAGAUGAACAAAUAUGUUUACCUCUUCGCCCGGUACUUUGGGGCUGGGGUUAUCAUAGCAACUGCUUUCAUCCAGUAUGUUCUCUCAUCUUCCAUCAAGCUUUCUUUCUAACUCAAGUAGUCUUUUAGAUCCCGCUUAUGAGAAAAUCGGACCGGCAUCUUGUGUUGGUAUGACAGGUCAUUGGGCGGAUUACUCAUGGUGUCCAGCAAUCGUUCUCACUUCCAUCAUGUCCAUCUUCCUGAUGGACUUUUUCGCUGAGCAAUAUGUAAACAUGAAGUAUGGAUAUGCUCAUAGCCCUGAUGUCGAGCAACUCAUUACUGCAACACCUGGACAAGCAGCCAUCAGCCAUCAACAACUUCAUUCCGGCGAUCAGGAUGACCAAAUGCACCUCCAGCAUUCCAUCAAUUCCGUUCAACAGGCCAAGGACCGUAACCAUAAAGACAACGAUAGCGAGAAGAACACUAUCACUCCUUCAAUGGACGAUCUCACAGAGCGUUCUUUCCGUCAGCAAAUCGCAGCAUUCCUCAUCCUCGAAUUCGGCGUCAUCUUCCACAGCGUGAUCAUCGGUCUCGUAAGUCCCACUCUUCCCAUCCUCCUCGCUUCUCCCCCCUAACACCACCUCGCCUAACCCCCCUCAUCUCUUCCCAUCACCACCAACCAAAAAAACCCUCUGACACACCCCAAGAACCUAGGCACAACCGGCCCCGAAUUCAGCACCCUCUACCCCGUCCUCGUCUUCCACCAAUCCUUCGAAGGCCUUGGAAUCGGCGCCCGCAUGUCCGCCAUCCCCUUCCCAGCGCGACUCUCCUGGCUACCUUGGGUCCUCUGCUCCUGCUACGGCCUCACAACGCCCAUUGCUAUUGCAAUCGGUCUCGGGCUUCGAACAACCUACAAUGCUGGUUCGUUUACCGCGAACGUCGUGUCGGGCGUGCUGGAUGCGAUCUCGGCGGGGAUUUUGAUCUAUACGGGUUUGGUGGAGUUGUUGGCGAGGGAUUUUUUGUUUAAUCCUGAGUUGACGAGGGGGAGGAGGAGGUUGGCGUUUAUGGUUGGGAGUGUGUUUUUGGGGUGUGGGGUUAUGGCUUUGCUUGGGAAGUGGGCGUGAUGUUUGGGAUGGAAAAGUAUUUUCUUGGGGUGUUGCUUUCUCUAAUGUUUUAUUAUUAGAUUUUAAUGUUUUUUGGGAAUGAAUUGAACUGGUUCAAGUAAUGAAUGUCGGAUGAGAUGUGGUGAAUAAGAGUUCCAGGCUCGAAGAACUACAAUAUCUUAUUAGCUCCUCAUUGCCUCAAUCUUUCUUCCUUUCUGCGAGAAGGAAGACAAAGAAAUACAUUCCUACCUAAGAACCUAAUACACAUGUGGAAUACGAGGAACUUGGGAACAAACUACACAACAACUCGAGUGCUGCUCAGAGUCACUCUAUAUUAAGUCAAGUUGAGUUAGGUAGUAGUUUCAACUACUCGAAUAAUACCCAAGUAAUUAUAUAAAACGC